AUGGCUUGUUGUAGGUCCCAUGUUUGUAUACAGAGAAAAGUGAAGAAGCAAUUCGAAGCUGACACUACAAAUUUGCCUAUCCGCAAGGGAGCUUGGACUCAACAAGAAGAUUCAAAACUAGCUCAGGCUAUUGCACUUCAUGGACCUCAAAGGUGGAACUUCGUUGCUGCUAAAGCAGGUGUUAAUAGGAGUUGCAGGAGUUGCAGGCAAAGGUGGUUGAAUUAUCUGAGGCCUGAUAUCAAGAGAGGGAACAUAUCAGAUGAGGAAGAGGAUUUGAUAAUUCGCCUUCAUAAACUCCUUGGAAACAGGUGGUCCUUAAUUGCGGGAAGACUACCAGGACGAACAGAUAAUGAAAUAAAAAAUUAUUGGAACUCUCAUUUGUGCAAGAAGGUGAAGCAUAGAGAGAAGCAAACUGGUCUGUGCCCAGAAAGAGAAGGAGAUCAACAAAAAGUGAUGAUGGUAAAAGAAAUUAAGGUUCAUAUUGCUGAUGAGGAAGAAGAGAGAACAAAAGAAGAAGAGAAUUCAAAUAACGAAGAAGGUCAUGAAGAAGAAGAUUCAUCAUCAAAGCUUGAUUUUGAUGUGGAUGAGUUCUUUAAUUUCUCCGAAGAGAACUCAUCACUGAAUCUGGAGUGGCUUAGCAAAUUCCUUAAUGAUGAUUCAACAUAG